AGAGAAGAGAGGAUAUGGAUGGCGGGAUUAGGGCUAUCAUGUUAAAUUAACGGCUACUAUCAAAUGUUAAUGAUAACUUCAUCAUUCAUCAUCAUUGGUUCGGUAGCCACAUUCUACUGCAAAGGCAAUAAGCCGAGAAACUUAAUUUGAUCAACCUUUUCAAGAUUCGUUUUAUUGUUGCUUUAAAAUAAAUAUUAUGAUCUAAUUACUAUUGAUAGAUUCCCAGAAAUAGAGAAUCACGUUAUUUAAAUUCAAAAAUGCUUAGUUUAUUUAUGACUAAAAUGUAUGCAUGUUGGGCACAUUUUUUAUCUUAGAUUCUUUAAUUUUCAUCUUUGGUACCCAAAUGAUAUCCAACCAUAUUAAUUUAUUAAAUCCAUUUCUAUAAUAUCUUUAUUAAUGUAUGUUAAAAUGGUGAUAUUUCAUUAAAGAGAAAUUUAGAACUUUAUGAUUUCUAGUAAUUAGUUAGUAUAAUCUUAGUUGGGAUGUUUUUUUUUUUAAAUAAAUAAAAUUAAUUAUCUAUGUACGUGCAUAUAGCAUUAAUUAAAAGAAUGAGUUUAUGCUCAUCUAGAAGGCAGUUACCCUUUCAAUGGCUCUCAUCUAAUAUAACUACGCGAACAAAAACCUAACAAUAAAGCUUUUAGAUUUCUUGUACAACGCACGCACACCAAACGCCGAACAAAUGAAAGCUCGCGGGCUGAAGUGUAUCCCGGGACGCACUUUCAUUAAAGUCAGCCAAAAGAAGCUGCAGGCAGAAGACCAGUCCGAGGAGACCAGACGAACUCACAUGAACACGCAAACUAAAGACGAAACUUGCCAAAUUUGCGUGUGUUCCACGGAAGGAAAAGACUUAUAUUGUUCAAGGAGACCGGCCAGAAAUGUCAACGAAUGUGUUAGACUGAGUCUUCUGAAGAAACGUAUAGAAAAAAACUUGCCGUUUGAGCAUGAAAGCUCACUGUCUUUUAGGAUUAGGAGAGUGGGAGAGGAAGUAAUAAAUAACUCUAAAUGCAUUCCAUUUGUCUCCGAAUAUACCGAUUGCAAUGACGAAAACUAUUGCUCAGGAUGCAGCCAUUGCAAAUGUAAUGCGACAGGUCAGUGGGAGUGCGACGAAGUGACCAUGUGCCCUGUACUGGAGGACUCUACAUACGACAACGAUAUUACCGAAGAGAACCCCAUACGAGUGAUAUCUGCUAUAGAUAACAUACAGCAGUAUAUUAAAACGAAAAAUGAAAAGACUCGUAAGCUCGUGCCAUCGCCACCAAACGAUGAAGACGAACUGAUUGGUAAGUCAAUAUGUUAAGGCAUUAGAACUCAAAUACAUCAUACCACCUCUUCAUAUUCUUUGAUAUCUUUCAAAUCUAACUUAUUUUUAAUAUUAUUUUCAGGUUACUUAUUAGUCAUAACUAGAUGAUUUAAAUAUUAAAUAUUGAAAUAUAGCACGUUCUUUCAUUUUUCGAGCACCAAAUUAUAUUUUUCUAGUACUUCUACUACUGCAGGUAAGAUUUAUUCUGAAAUGUUUCACCAUACUCCAAUUUGCCUAAACAUCUUUAAUAGUUCCAGAACAAAGUCCUCAAGUAGAAACUUUCGAAACGUGGUUUUCGAGACAGAAAAGAGAAGUGAAAGAUGAUUCUGCAGACAAAUCUAAUGUAAACACUACUGUUAAAUUCUUCCAUACAGUGGAUGAAAUAA